UGUCAGAACUUUACAGGGCGAAAAAACAAUAACAAUGGGAAGUCCGGAAUUACCCACAGAUCCUGGUCAGGACCUAUUUCCAACUCCAACGGUGGAGCAUCCGCGAGGAGGAGUGGAGAGCGAGGACGAUGAUGAUUUGGAAGUGUACGAUGGCUAUCAGCCACUCGCCCUAGAUGAGGAUAUCGAUGGUGCGGAUCCCGAGGAGGUGCCCAGGGAACCAGUGGCUCCCUCUGAGGACAACGAUGGAGACAUUGACUUAAUGACCGCGGAGGUCACUCAUGGCGACCCCAACAUGCCGCCAAUUGAGCCGGCUGAUGUGGAAAUCGAGAGGCAGGUUUGGAGUGAGCCCAGACCAAGGGAACUCCAAAUGGAUCUGGAUAAAACGCGAACAGAACAGAUCCUCAAAGCCAUGUCCACAAUAACGUUGCCCAACAUCACCGUGCCAGAUUGGGCCAAAGGAGUGCCCGAAGAGCGCUGGAAGCAUGAACUCCUGGACCGGAUCAACAACCGACACCAGCCCCCAGAACCUUCAUCGUCGUCGGCGGCGGAUCCCCAGCAUUCCAAGUCUAAGAAAGAUUAGCGUUGUAUAUGGUGUAUUUAGAAAAAAACGUUCUCCAAUAUAUAUGUAUAAUUUAGAAUGA